AGCCAUGUCCCCCUUGUUCCCUUCACUCUUCCCUCGUGUGACUGAGACACUGUGGCUUAAUCUGGACCGACCCUGUGUGGAGGAGACAGAGCUGCAGCAGCAGGAGCAGCAGCAGCAGGCCUGGCUCCAAAGCAUCAUUGCAGAGAAAGACAACAACCUGGUACCUACUGGCAAGCCUGCCUCAGAGCACUACGAUGAGGAGGAGGAAGAGGAUGACAAAGAUGAUGAAGACAGUGAAGAGGAUUCAGAAGAUGAUGAGGAUGAGAUGAAUGACUAUAAUAAGUCAGCUGAUGAUGGAGAGGUCAAUGAGGUGGACAUGGAAGGCAACGAACAGGAUCAGGACCAGUAGAUGAUCUAGGUAGACAAGCCAAGGUGGCCUCAGGGUGAUUCCAGCCACCCCAACCUAUUUUGCAUUCACAGCCUCAGCUCCUCAACCUGAAGAACCAGCUUGUGGCUGUAGUGCCUAAAGCUUUGCCUUAGGCACUUUGUCAGCUGCUGCCAGGACAGGGUCUCCUUGGGCCCUUGCAGGCCAUCAGUCUUCCCCUGAAUCCCUGGAGCCUGAGCCCACCCCACCUUCCUGGCUGGUACCUCAUUCCUUGGUAGCCAGGUGUGGUCCCUUUCUAACCCUCUUAAUAAAGACACAGGAUUGACUCUUACAAAAGAAA